AUGUCUCUUGCCAUGUCGCCGCUCAACGGCGUGGCGUGGUCCCUUUUCCUGGGCCUCGCUGUAGCAAGCGCCAGCCCGCCAUCAACUCCCGCGAAAAUCAUGCUCAACACAGCGGCAUGUAACCGCCUAUCCCAUAGCUCGACGCGGAGUUUACCGCAGCCCGAGCAAUGCGUCCAAAUCAAAGGCACUGAGUUUAAGGCUCUCGAAUUCCUCACUUGGCCAAUAUGCGCAGACGGGUCGACUGCUGAGUUGGCGACUUUUGGUCCUGAGUCCCACGGCUGCGAUCCCAACGUUGACGACACGCUUGAUUUGCUAAGUAUCUCCGACGCAUAUUCCUGUGUGGAUUUGAAGGAUGUUGGGAAUUUUUCUUUCUGGUGCAGUGAUGAUGCCGAGACCUUGCCAGAACCGGAGUCUGAUGAGGUGAAUACGUCGAGGAAGGAUAUGACGAAGGAGGGGGGAAUGCUCAAAUAUCCCAAGCCGAGAUGCAACAAGCGUGAUAAGCCCGAGCCUGAAUAUCACCUCCCAGACACAUGCGUGGACAUUACUGAGGGCUUCGGGUUAUCAUUCACACGCCCAGCGGUGUGUGCGAAUGGCACCAACGCUCUAAUUGCGGGGUUUAAGGGGAAAGGUUGUGAUCCUACGUCGAAGCCGCUGCGCGACCCAUUCACGAAGUGGUCUAAUUUUAUGGCUGGAUUUUGUGUGCCGACGGACGAGAUUAACAGUAUGACAUUCUGGUGUGAUGGGCUUGAGGGGGUGGACAUGCAGAAGCCGAAUGCACCGAAGAAGGCGCCGUCGUCGAGUAAUUUGGGGUUGAUUUUGGGGUUGAGUAUUGGGCUGGGUGGGCUGUUUGUCAUUAUCAUGGGCUUGGUCGUGGCGUAUAACAUUAAUUAUCACUUUAGGAUGAAGGUCAAGGAACUUUUCGGAAGCGGGGAUGGCUCCUCAAUGCACCACAAAUCCACAGGAAGCUCUCAGGCUCCCUCAGGAAGUAAGGCAGGCGGCCAUGCCAAAACUGCCACCAGGCCAGUGACCCACAUGCCUCCAAAGCUCGAUGCUCCUUAUGUAUCAUCAUCCUCAAGCCGUCCAAACCCGACCCACUUACCCCCCCAUCUUGAUGUCCCCCAUUCGUCCUCAUCUUCAAGACACCAACAUCCUACCCAUCUGCCGUCUCACCUUGAUGCCCGGUCAUCGUCAUCAUCAUCGUUAAACCAUCGAAGUGCUACGAAUCUAGCCCGCGACUCAAGGAGCCCAGCUCGCAAUGCGACCAACUUGCAUCGCGAUCACGCAAACUCUCAUACUCCCUCCGCUCCCCCGGCAGGCCCUGGCUAUACCAAUCCCCACGACAUCGAAAUGGCAUCACGACAAACCAGAAUCGAGUCCCUACCUCCGCAUGAGCGCAAAGAGCAAGAUGAGUGGGUGCAGAGUAAACUCAACUUACAUUCGCAUGUAUGCCCGGUUGGGUUUUUAUGGGAUCGAAUUGAUGGCGGUUAUAUAUGCCAAGGUGGAAGUCAUCGAGUCACUGAUGAACUGUUAGCUGACGGCCGUGGGGGCCUUUACGUCCCGGGGUUCCCACGACGAGGAUCCCGUCGUAUACCCUUACGACACGGCCGAGAGUGGCAAGGUCCCAAGUAUCCUGAGGACUUUCAAAAGAUGUACACUGAGAUUGCGGCUCUUAGGGCAAAUUUGUUGGCUAGGGGUAGGCCACUUUACCCUCAUGGUCAUUAUGGAAUAUGA